AUGCAGGCAGUUGAACAGGGCUGCAAUGUCUGUACCUUGCUGCACGAUGCGCUUCAACCUGGAGUCGCUGCUCGCCUCGAGAAGCUUGAUCUCGAAACCCGGAAGAACAUAGCCUGGCCUUUGGAAGAGUCUCUCGAUUCUUUCCUGAUAUGGAUAAAGCUCGCUAUUUCUCAUGAGUCUCCAAGUGUCGGGAUCUGUUUAGAAUUCAAUGCUGCAACGAAAGGUUCGGAAGGCCCGUUCCGAGAAUCAACAAACGUGAUUCUUGUGCAGCUGGAUCUUGACCAUGGCUCUGUCGCGAGCCCUGUGUCGUUGCGAGUGAGUCCUUCGAGCGACUCGCGUACUGCUUGGGGUCUGAUGAAACAUUGGAUCAGUCAAUGUAAGCAAAAACACCUAGACCGCGGUCUACGGGCUGGUGUCGCAGGACUAUGGUACCCAACUCGACUACUCGAUUUGGGACACCCCGAAUCAACAAGCACGCCACGGCUCAUUGAGACAGCUUUCAGCUUACCAAAAAGCCCUUACCUAACGCUCAGCCACUGCUGGGGGAAGAAGCAACUGAUCUGCGCCACGAAAGAAAAUCUGCAAAGUCUGUAUAGCGGCGUCUAUAAUCUACCGCAAACAUUUCAAGAUGCCGUCGUUGCAACGAGGAACCUAGGAUAUCGUUACCUGUGGAUAGAUAGUCUAUGCAUCGUGCAAAAUGACCAGGAAGAUUGGGCUAGAGAAGCAGCUCUGAUGCACAGAGUGUAUACCGAGGCAGAUUGCAACCUUGCCGCGGCAGCGUCACGAGACAGCAGUGGAGGAUUGUUCUUCAGACGCCAGGGAUUGUACGGCCAAUGUGUCGUGAAGAGCGUGCGAGGAGACGUCAUUGACAUCUUUGCUGACCAAGACCUAUUCCUGAAGGAAGUCAACCGCUCCCCUCUACAGACGCGUGCAUGGGUGUAUCAAGAGUGGCUGAUGUCGAAAAGAACAAUCCACUUCGCCAAAAGCCAGGUCUUCUGGGAGUGCGAUCAUCUUUGCGCUUGUGAGGUGUUUCCUGACGGGCUUCCUAAUAUCAUCAGACACGACGGAAAAGCGAAGUUUGCAGAAGACCUUGACAGCGCAAAAAAUCUGUUGAGCCGAGAUAUGAAAGUAGAUACAAGUCGUAUUCGUCCAGACCCGUUUCAGCUUUGGUCAGGCCUCGUUACCCACUAUACCUCUCGCGACAUGACAAAGUCGAAUGAUCGAUUGCCCGCCUUAUCCGGUAUCGCGAAAUGGCUACAGCCGCAUCUCGGAAAUCCUGGAUACCUGGCUGGUAUUUGGAACAACAGCGACAUUCAUCGCCAGCUCGCGUGGUACACAUACAAUACCAAGUAUCCAAGGCCGCAAUACAGAGCCCCGAGUUGGUCAUGGGCAUCAAUCGAUGGCGGCACAUUUUGGUCAAAUGCGCCUGCCAUAUUUACUCCCCAGUCAGAGAUUAUCGACAUCUCGACCACUCGUGGCAGCAGUGAUCCCACAGGACCAGUCACUGGCGGUCAUAUCCUGAUCAAAGGCAAUAUGGGCCGUGUACAAAUCAUUGAUCACGAGUCGCGCCCGGUUCUGCGCAGAGAGGACGAUGUAACAGAGAGCUAUAGGCGGUAUGUUACGUUCCGCGGAUUUGAUAUCAGCGGCCUCCAGUUUGGCCUGUACUACGUACUGCACCUUGGCACAGAGACCAUCCAACCCCGUAAGAUAUACUCCUCAUCUUCGGGGGAGGACUACUUUUCCGCUACAUAUUUAGUUCUUAGACCUGUUAGUGGACAGCACGGGGCCUUUGAGAGAUGUGGGCUUGUCGACGAGUGUUAUCCUGUUGACGGCGCACAUCGAACACUGACAGACAAAGGACCACGGAGUAGACAAAAUAUACCUUGCGAAGAGUAUGUUGAGCAUGAAGGGACUUACAGGAUCCGUAUAGUCUAG